AUGGGAUUACUCGACAAAAUCAAAAGCAGUUACGACUACUACAAAGUUGACAAAUACACAAGACGACGUGUAUCACAGUCUCAAUUCGAAUCGCAUGAUCGUCGCUACUACGAAAGCAUCUACCGUGAUGGCGCCUACUUGAGUCCUGAUGAAACCAGCUAUUGCGACACAACCGCAACGACAUCUCAUCUAAGUUACAAGCAGAAAGGAUGGGUUCUACCAGAUUUACUGAAAAAAUCGAAUAGAAAAUCCCUGGUAUCCAAGAGCCAGAUGAAGACUUCAGAAACUUAUACAUUAGGUCGAGCCUAA